GAUCUGGUGACUGAUUCGAGAUGUUUGGGCAAGGCGGGCUACAGAUUUUCAACAAUGCUCUUUUCAACUGGUACUAAUGGGUCCAAAGCAGGCCAAGAAAAUAUUCUCCCCACCAUUUCACCACUAUCAUCUUAAUCUGCUGGCAGGAUGAAUGCAUGUGCCAUAAGAGAGAGAACUGUGCAUGAAAUUCCCAGCAGAUCUGCAGUUUCUGAAACACCCAGAACAGCGGGUCUUGCACCGACUCAUGCUCAUGCACCGUUUGAUCUUCUGCAAGUCAUCAUCAACACAUCUAGGUGCAACGAGUUGCUGCAGUCUGACAGGUUCUCUCAUUUUCAGCGUAAGGAAGUGGAGAGGUGUGUCUAAUAAAGUGGCAGGUGAGGGAAUGUGAUGCAGCUUCAUUUAACAGUUGUAUUAUAUUGUUCAAUAACCCUAUAAAUGAUGGAAGGCUACAGUCUCCUGUGGAGUGUCGGAGCAUGAAGGGUCAAAGAAUGUUCUUAGAAUAUUUUUGAAUUCCCCUCUUUCUGUAUCUGUUAGCAGAAUCUGCUGUCACUUCUUUCUGACAUACAUGCAUCUGAUUGAUUUGGGUAGCAAUAUUCUUGAUAAGAAUUCCAUUAUGGUACAUAUAUACAUUCUGAUCUGCACUCAUAACCUGUAUUCUGCUAUCUGAUGAAAAAAAAAUGUCUGGAACAAGUACUAAUGUGACACUGCAAAGUGAAAUCUACAUAAAUUUUAGAUAGAAGGAGAUGAAGUCAUCUCCUUAGAUAUUUAUGUAACUAAAUUAGAAUACCUUGCAAAAGCCAGUAAGGUGACGGCAUGCAUUCAUAUUUCAGCACAAAAAGAAUCUGUCCCUAUUGUUUAGCAGUGGCAGAUUUUUUUUUUUAAAAGUAGAUUGCCUGCAUGAAAGAUUUAGACUUCAGGACGGGUGCUGUGUCCUCCAAGUGCACGUGUCCUUUUGGCAACUCAAAGUUUUUUGGCAACAAGGGAAACACUUUACUACAGUCAUUUGUGUGGCUACCACCCACUCUUUGUUUGACAAUACCUUCUCUGUUAUUCCAAAUGACACAUUUCUGUGACACAUUAGCCUAGCAAACAUAUUUAAGGAUCAAAUAUGGGAAAUGUAGCUGUAAUAACUACAUCAUGUAUAUAUUUUCCCGUACCGUUCAUACUUCAUUCUUUUAGUAAUAUAUGUCACCCAAACAUGAGAUGGGAGAGUUACCAUACGUUUGGCUGUAAAACUGAACUGACCUCUUAGAGAGGAUUUUAUGUAGCAAGGAUUACUCUAUUCUUUUGGGACCCAAACAAAUUCCUCCUCAGACAAUCUUUGAGUGCAGGUUUUGGGAAGGAUUCUCCAACACAGCUGUGUUUUUAGUGCUAGGCUUGGCUAUCAUAUAUUUUUAAGUUGGUAACUUUCUGUAUUUGUGGCUCCCCCCUUCAGCUGCAGAGGAAGAGGCACAUAGGCAACGACAUUGUGGCCAUCGUGUUCCAGGAGGAAAACACUCCCUUUGUACCGGACAUGAUCCAGUCCAACUUCUUGCAUGCGUAUGUUGUUGUGCAGGUGGAGAACGCAUGCUCAGACAAUGUUACAUACAAGGUGUCAGUCACAGCUAGAGAUGAUGUACCUUUCUUUGGACCUGCUCUACCUGACCCCGCCAUCUUCAGAAAGGGCCCUGAAUUCCAUGAGUUCCUCUUCACGAAGCUUAUCAAUGCGGAGUACGCCUGCUACAAGGCCGAGAAGUUUGCAAAGCUGGAGGAGCGAACACGUUCGGCCCUGCUGGAAACAUUGUACGAGGAGCUGCACAUUAACAGCCAGUCCAUGAUGGGUCUGGGGGGGGACGAAGAUAAGCUGGAGAACGGAGGUGGAGGCGGAGGGGGCGGCUUCUUUGAGUCCUUUAAGCGGGUCAUCCGCAGCAGAAGCCAGUCAAUGGACGCCAUGGGUCUCAGUAACAAGAAGUCACACACAGUCUCCACUAGUCACAGUGGCAGCUUUACCCAUAAUCCCGCAGAGAGCCCCAAAACUCCAGGGAUUUCAUUGCUUGUCGCGGGGAAAAGUCCCAGUAAAUAUGGACGCCGAGGCAGUGCCAUAGGGAUAGGAACAAUAGAAGAGUCAUUGAUCAUUCCUGGGAAAAGCCCAACCAGAAAAAAGUCUGGACCUUUUAGCUCGCGCCGCAGCAGUGCCAUUGGCAUCGAGAACAUCCAGGAGGUCCAAGAGAGGAGCCGAGAGGUCUCUCCCAACACCCAGAAAACUCCAGACUGCAGCCACUUGUCACAAGAAAACAAAUCAGGCAACUCCUCCGCCCACAGUUCUCCGGAGUUUGCAGCCACAAAGAACAGUCUGGCGAUGUGUUGCAGAGCGCCUUCCAUCCCCGAGGCUCAGGACUUGUCUCGCUCCUCCUCCAACGCCAGCAGCUUCGCCAGCGUUGUGGAGGAGCACGAGGCCGAGGAGGAAUAUGAAACUGGACUGGACAGUGUGUCUUGUGUUACUCCAGUAAAAAAAGACUCGUUUGUUUAUGGGUCUGCCGUGGAGGACAGUUCCUGCAGCCAGGGAAGUUUUUCAGCUUCCCGUCUACAGCAGCAAGCGGACGGGUUGAAGAUGUCGGAGCCAAAAGGGACAGACAACCAGCCCAAGACGGAGCGCCCCCAGCAGGAGCAGAAGCUGUCGUCGAACUGUUAGCUGCUGUCUUCUGAUCACCAUGCUGGCAUCCAUUUCAAGAGACGUUAUUAAUAUAGAAGAGAUAAAGACAACCGAAGGAGGGCAAGAGACGUCCGAAGCUGACGCAGAGAAGAAAUGCAAUUGGGGCUGAGCAAGUGAUGGACAGAUCCUCCCUUGAUCGUUCAACACGGAUCUGCUGUUUAUCAGGACAGACAUCCAGCUGCCUGGACAUGUAUCAACCUCUCGACCUCAUUCCGUCCUCCAUGUGGAAAACCUUGUGCUCAAGUGAAAGCAGCAGCGAACUGACUGUCCUUUGGCAGCUGGCUCAGCACAGUCAAUCUGCUCACCUGCCCAUUCUUUGGGCCAGUAAGCAUCGGUUGUUACUGUAAACAAACUCUCAGACAUUGUGGCUCUUCUAUCAAAGACCUUACUUCCUUUUUUUUUUUUUUUUUUUUCUUU